AUGUUCUACUCUCAGAUCAUCCUCGCCAAGAAGGGGCCGCUGGGCAAGAUUUGGAUUGCUGCACACUGGGACAAGAAGCUCAACAAGGCGCAGAUUUUCCAAACGAACAUCAACACCUCCGUAGAGAACAUCCUGCAGCCCACGGUGCCCCUGGCCCUGCGUAUGUCGGGGCAUCUCCUCCUCGGCUUGGUCCGCAUCUACUCAAGGAAGGUCAAGUACCUCAUGUCGGACGCGAGUGAGGCCCUCGUCAAGAUCCAGAUGGCUUUUCGGCCAGGGGCCACCGACAUGCCCACGGGAGCCACCGUCGCUGCGCCUGGCGCCAUCGAAGCCCAGGGCUUCGGGGAGUUCGAUGAGUUGGGCAUGGAUGGCGUGCACGUGGACGUCUUCAGCAACGCCUUUGCUGUGGACAACUGGAUGGAGGAGGCUCCGGCGAAUCUAGCCAGGAGGACCGACAUCACCCUCACCGAUCCCGCCGAGAACAUGAGCUCCAUCAGCGGGCAGGACCGGAACGGCAGCUUCAUGCUGGGGGAGAGCAGCAUGGACUUUUCGCCGUUCGGUGGGGGGGGCGCCGCAGGCGGUGGUGCUGGCAGCGAGAGUAGGAUGAGCAUGGACCGCUCUUCCCGCGUGUCCCGCGUCAGCGACAUCGAGGCCGUACGAGACGGCGACAACAGCAGGCUCCGCUCGGGACACCUGAGCAUGAGCAUGGACGUCAUGGCCGCGGACGAAGGGCAGAUGGACGGCGGGUACGAUGACCUGGGCCCUCCCACGCACCCGAACGAGUUGGCGGACAUAGGGGGAGGGAGGGAGCUAGACGACGCGGCGGAGAUGAUGGACUUCGGCAACGACGGCGGCGAUGGGUUUGACGAGCCUGAGGUAGACGCGCCGGAGUUCAACCCGGACAUGGAGGAACACCUGGGACAGGGGGGCGAGGGCGAAGAGGUGCUGCCGGGAGCCGUUCAGCUGGACGACGAUACCCUAGACUUCGAUGAUGCUGGCUUCUCGCGGUCGGAGUUGCCGCCUGUUGGCGGAGCAGAAGCAGCCGUGGACCAAUCGGACGGGGAGCCGCAAGAGGAAGAGGACCACGAGCCCAAGGUCAAGCCCAAGGCCACGCGCACUCGCAAGCGGAAGCUUGUUCUCGACCAAGUUACUCUCAUCGACAUGGCCACCAUGAAGGCUCAGCUACAGGACACCUCUGACAUCACCCGCAAGCGCUGGCGGGGGCCCCGGCGAAUCGUCCAAGCGUCCCUCACCCCUGAGGAGCAGCUGGCGGCCCCGCUCAUGCCCUGGCUCGCCCCACCCAUCCAAGACAUGCUCAGGGCGUGCAUGCACCCUGGGGGUUUCCCCUUCCCGGUGCGGUUGCGAGCGCCGGCGGCGGGAGAGGGGGGCGGCGGCGGAGGCGGUGGCGCGGCGGGCACGCAGGGGGAAGAGGAUGUGGGGGCGGAGGAGGAGGAGGAGGAGGAGGAGGUGAUGGGCCCUGACCCAACGGUCGAUGGAAACGACCACGAUGACGUGGAGGUUACUCGUCGGGCAGAUGACAGCCGACACUCGAUGGGGGCGGGCGGGUUGAUGGACACCUCGCUCGGGUCUGCCUUCAAGGACAACGCUGCAGGUCUUGAGAUGGAUAGACCCGGUGAGGGAGAGGGCGGAGACGUGGAUGCUUUCGAGCUCGGCGACGCGAUGGACGUGGGAAACGACGGAGACGGAGAGAUGGAGGACUUCGGCGACGGUGGGUUCGAAGCCGACCUCAACCUCAACGACGAUUUGGCCCCGGACAUGCAGGAUGGCGGCGGCGACCUAGACCUUGGGGGAGGGGUCAACGACCUCGAAGCAAGCCGUGACCUGGCCAACGACAACGACAACGACAAUGACAAGCGAAACGCCGACCACGAUCAAGAUCAAGACCAAGACGAGAAUGACGAGGACAAGGAGGCUUCGGCGCUGGAGGGGGCCGGGGCUGGGGGCGAUGCCGCGGAGACCGGAGCGUUGCCUAGACACAAGUGGCAUCCGCACACCGUCAAGGUGAUCAAGAGCGGUCUGACUUGGAUUGUGGCGGGCACACGUGACGGCCCUUCGUAGAUCGUGACGACCACCAUUUGUAGAUCGUGACGACAGCUUUUGCUUCGGAGAUAUUGACGACGACCCUUGGUAGAUAUUGACGACGACCCUUCGUAGAUCGUGACGACCGCCCUUCGUAGAUCGUGGCGGCCACCCUUCGUAGAUCAUGACGACCACCUCUCGUAUUUUGAUCUUGCCGACGGCUCUUCGUAGAUCGUGACGACCACCUUUCGUAUUUGAUCGUGACGACGGCCCUUCGUACUGUAGAUCUUUACGACGCCUCUUGUGCCGUGCCCGGCUCGUUGUUGUGGUGGUGAAUCCGUACCGUACCGUACCGUACCAGGUCCUCCGGCUGGUGCAAAAGCAGCUCAAGGCCCCCACCGGGCCCGGGGUUACACACGCCUCCUUGACUCGCGGUGCCACGAGGCGGACAGCGGCGGGGGCGUUCUUCGAGCUGCUGCAGGUUGGUCACUGGUCACACUAGCACUACGUAUUCAAUCAAGAUAUUUCAUGGAGCACCGUGGGGCUUUCUUUUGUUUCUCUCCGUCAAGAGGAUGCAUGGUGACAUGCGUUGG